AUGCCGCGAUAUAGUACCAUAGAUGAUGUUAUGCAACUACGUAUACCUUCAUACAGGACUAGGUUAAUGAUGAAAAGUUCUCCAGAUGUAGAAUGUGUCUCAUCAGAUUCUGUUGUAUGUCUUUCGAAAGCUACUGAGAUGUUUGUUAGUGAGCUUGUAUCUACUGCGGUGCGCGGAAAUAAAUCUGGAUUAACUUACAAGGAUUUAUCUCGAUUGCAGGUUGAAUUGGAUCGUUAUAAUUUUUUGGCUGACGUCCUACCUCAAAAGAUUUCUGCUCGCGAGUGGGUAGAAAAAUAUAAAUCUGAAUUUGAUGCAUCUUGUUCUUAAAACUACCGGUGAAUUAGAAGCCUAUCAAUAUCUUUUACCCGAAUUGAAUCCAAUUUUAUGCCAUUCCACUGACUGUCUUCUGGCGUUUUUGUAUUAAUCUACUUACUGACUGUUGGUUUAACACUAAUUAGCUAUAUGAUUGGAAUUUGAUUUUAAUUAGCUUUGUCAAAUGUUCCAAUGAUCUUCAUGUUUAUAUUGAAUUUGCCGAAAUUGUUUGUUUAUCUCUUAUGUCAUCAUAUACUUUUUCUAGUAAAUUUACACGCGAUUGUAAAUAAACACAACUUGUCUAUGCUGACUUUAAGUAUUUCUGAAGGUG